AUGGAGGAAGAACUUUUGGCUCUUAAAGAAAAUGACAUAUGGGACAUUGUUUCAUGUCCUUCAAAUGUCCGCCCUAUUGGAUGUAAAUGGGUUUAUUCAGUCAAACUUCAUUCUGAUGGAACUCUUGAUCGGUACAAAGCUCGAUUGGUUGUUCUUGGAAACAGACAAGAGUAUGGGGUGGACUAUGAGGAGACUUUUGCACCCGUAGCCAAAAUGACUACAGUGCGAACUAUUAUUGCCAUUGCUGCUUCACAAAACUGGUCUCUUUAUCAAAUGGAUAGCAAAUAUGACUCAUCUUUGUUUCUUCGGAAAACAUCUACAGGUUGUGUUCUUCUUUUGGUGUAUGUAAAUGACAUUAUUAUCACAGGAACUGAUUCUUCACUAAUCACUUGCCUCCAACAGCAGCUUAAAGAUUCUUUAUAUCUUGGUACUCUUACUUAUUUUUUGGGUUUGGAAGUUCAUAAUGUUGCUUCAGGUGUAUUUCUAAACCAACACAAAUAUACUCAGGAUCUGAUUUCUUUGGCUGGUCUUCAAGUUUCCUCCUCCGUAGAUACUCCACUGGAAAUAAAUGUCAAGUAUCGUCGAGAGGAGGGCGAUCUUCUUCCUGAUCCAACUAUAUUUCGACAAUUAGUUGGGAGUCUAAAUUACCUUACUAUUACUCGGCUUGAUAUCUCUUUUGCAGUUCAACAAGUUAGUCAAUUUAUGCAAGCUCCCCGUCAUCUCCACUUGGUGGCUGUUCGUCGCAUCAUUCGGUACCUUCUAGGAACAUCUACUCUUGGAUUGUUCUUUCCAAGUGGUUCUCUUAUUCAUCUUAAUGCUUUUAGUGAUUCUGAUUGGGCGGGAUGUCCUGAUACUCGUCGUUCAGUCUCUGGUUGGUGCAUGUUUCUUGGAGAGUCAUUGAUAUCUUGGAAGAGUAAAAAGCAAGAUCGUGUGUCAAAAUCUUCAACAUAG